AGUUUCCAGAAGCCAAUCCAAGGUUAGAGGCGGGACUUGAUGGUAACUGAAGUGUUGCUCCGCGCUACUCACGGGUAGUCCCCAGAACACUUUUUUGCCGCAGAUGUGUCUCGCCAGGGUCAUUCAGGGCUGGUUGUGAUUCUCCGGAGAUACACGGAGGUCUCCGAUAUACGUGCUCCGUCCGAAAGCACGAGGAUGGCUACGAGUUCACACGACAGGCCUCUCUCUGAAUCCGUGGAGUGUGUCCUUAAUGAGUCUGAAAAUGAAACCGGGCCAUUUGUGACCCCUCAGAAGCAUGUAGCAGAUGUGACUCCUAAUCUUUGCACCCCGGAUACCUUUAAGUCACCUUUGGACUUCUCCACAGUAACCGUAGAGCAGUUGGGAAUUACACCUGAAAGCUUUGUUAAGACCUCUUCCGGAAAGUCAACAUCUUCCCUUCAGAAGAACAGGCGCCGUUCCACUGUUGGCCUGCGGGGCUCCCCAGAAACAAACUGCCUGAUCCGCUUCAUUGCCCAGCAGCGGAACCUCAAGAAUGCUGCGAGAUCCAGGUCUUCAUUGGCGUGCGAGCCCCAGUUUCAGGGCAGCCCAAGACUGUAUCGAAAUGCUGGUGUGUUAAGAGAGCGAAUGUCUGCUUUUCGGUCAGCUUUUCACCCCAUACAGGAAACUGAGAAGAUGGCCAGUGGCCCCUCAGCAUCAGAGGCAGACAGAGAGUCUAAGAUAGCAGAUUUGACCAACAAAGAAGGUCUUGUUGAAUAUCAGCAGUCUGGGUUCCCUGUAAACUCCUCUUCAAAGCGGAGGAGAAUAUCCUCCCAGGACAGCCCCGAUGAUUAUCUCAGUGGCACCAAAACGUUUGCUGACGGAGACCGUUCUGGGGGUACCUCCACAGAUCUUGCUGAGAAGUCAUCUGGCGUCAGUUCAGCCCAGCCUGAAUGUACGGCUGCUCCCCUUCUAGAGCUCAAGGAGGCUUCCCAGGGACUUGCAGCGACUGACCAUGCAGAGGGCACAAGAUCAGUUGAUGCUGUUCCACUGCUGAGCUCAGACACAGCCACUGCCACCAGGUCUCCAGAGGCUCCUGUGUGUGGGAGCAGCAGCCCCUCCACUAAGACCUUUGUGCUUCGUUCUGUGUUGAAGAAACCUGGUAAGCUGUUCUCAGAGAAUGGAAAGGAGUACAACCUCUGUGAUGUCGGCACUCAUCUGAUCCCAUGCCCUUCAAACUGUUGCAAAGAAGAAAGAGCCGGUAAAGAAAACUGCAAAACACCAGGCUGUUUGAAUCUGAGGAAGAGGAAGAGAGUUACUUUUGGAGAGGACUUAAGCCCUGAAGUGUUUGAUGAAUCUUUACCAGCCAAUACUCCAUUGUGUAAAGGAGGAACACCUGUUCGUCCAAGGAUCAUAAAAGCUACCAGUCCCCUGCAGUCCCCAGUUCAUGAGCAGUUCCUUCAGCCAAACUUUGAUGACAAGGAGGAGAAUCUUGAAAACAUAGAACCACCUCAGGGAUCAUUUGCAAUUCUGAGUCCUAGUAAAUCCUCACUCUCUGAGACUCCUCCAGGCACUAACACUUGCAGUUCUUUAAGUAAAGAUGAAGAAAUAAUCUGCAGUGUUGGUAAGCGUACACGAACUUCUCACAGAAUAAAGCAGAUGCUGAGUUCUGCAGGAAAGGGUAUUUGCAACUCAUAUACUACACAAGCUGAGCCCUCGAAAGAGAAGAUGAACGGGAGGAAAUCUCAAGAAAAAAAGCAUAAAAACAACGCACUUCCUAAAAAGAAACAGGUUUUAAAAUGUUACAGAAAAAAGAAAAGAAAGGGGAAAAAAGGUGUUGAGAAAUGCUUAUAUGGGCAAAGAGACAUUGCGUCCAAGAAGCCACUCCUGAGCCCGAUUCCUGAGCUGCCUGAAGCUUCUGAAGCGACCCCUCUGGCUGACUGCACACAGAGGACAUGCUCAGAUGAUUUCAACAGACGUGGUGAGCCGGAAGAAGUGAACUCUUUUGAAAUUCCCAGGAAAAAGAAGAGAUGCUUGCCACAGAAGGAAGAUCUGCCUGAGCUGGAUCCAGCUCGUGAUCAGUCUCCUGUCUCUGAUGUGUGCUGCAACUUGUUGCCUCUCACUGCUGGGUCAAAUGCCUGUACCAGAGACACAGAUAGCGAAGGGAACACCAGAGUGGAGACUAAGUGUCAAAGUGCCAAGGAGCCAGAAACAGGGACCAUGACCGAAUGCAGUCGUGUGCCUUGUGCUUCCGUGACCCAAGGCCACCUCGUGUCGGGUAAGCCACAGCCUCUGGGCAGCCCUCAGAACCAGGGCUUCCUCACGGCUGGUCAAAAUUUGGAAAGUCCUUGUGAGAUCCUUAUGGUUUCAGAGAGUGUAAAUAUAAAGUGUGAGAAAGAUAGUGAAUGCCCAGCUCCACAGGGAACUCUGCAGGGCAGCCCUUUCUCAACCGACUCAGAAAGAGAACCUAACUGUUCGGAAGAUGUCCUCACUGAAAAAAUAAAAGAAGCAACAAGCAACAGUGAGAAUGUGGAAAGGAAGUGUGCAGACAACGGCGGCACUGCCAGUGGGAAAGAGAGGAAAUGGAGAACACACACUGUAUGUUGUGAGGGUCAGAGCUCAUACCUGGAACAAAACGGGAAGGCCGAGUCUUCCUACAGUGGGAAAAACUCUGUAGAAAUUACUUUAGAAAAUCCCCAGCUGGUUGAAGAGCUGUCUAACACCAUAGAGCAAAGCUUUCAGAGAAUAAGUAGUAAAACCAAAGUGAGACGCAGCACCAGGCUCCAGGGAAACUUGGAAAAUACAGGCCUUGUGUGGCUGUCUCCAAGUCCUUCCACUUCCUGGAAACCCAAAAGGAGAAUGACAAUUGGUUCCUUAGGCAGCAUGGGAUUUGAAAGUGCAUCCUCCAAAGAAGAGACUGUAUCCUCAGGACAAAACCCAGGGCCCCUACCGGCUAUCUCAGGCAGUGAGAGCCAGGGUGCUGGUUCUUCUGAGCUACCUAAGAAGAGGAGGAAAAGCUUUUGCGUGUCUACCCUCACAGAUGCUAACAGUAGCACUCAGCCACCACACUUCAAGAGAAAUCCCUCUCUCAAGAAGGAAGGAAGCUCUCAGCUGCCCUGAGGGGGCUGAGCCCAGGAAGACAAAGGCAGGAACAGAUAAUUCCACCUGACAUUGGCUCUUAAGGAAGAGGACCCAGCUUCCUGUCCGCCACUUCAACCCUAUUCAAACCUCAGUGCAUUGCACAUUUCUAAUAAAAAUCAUUGAGUUAUGAUGA